AUGCAACUCACUAGAAGGGCCUUGGGCCCAUUCGUUGGGGCAAUUGCGAAGAAACUGGAACAUUACAGAACUUUGUUUUUUGGAUUGUCUUUAAUUAAAAGUGCAGAAGCUCAGUUUUUACUUAAAUGUUGGGAUAAAUUAUUUUGUUCCAGUCAAUUCCAACCAUCGUCGUUGACAAUCCAACAGUACUUGGAUUUUGGACGGAUAGGUACAGCAGCCACUUCAUACACAUUUUUAAAGAACGAACUUAUGGAAUUCUCUUUACUACCUCCAAAAUUAUUGCAAAUGCCAAGCUCGAAGAUGGUCAGUAGUUGGUAUUGUGAAAGUUUCGAGGAUUUGCUGAAAUACGAAAACGCCGUCGCGUCUGUAGAGAAUGUAAAUGCGUGAGU